UGGUUGUGCUGUUAGUGUCAAACAACAAUCACAACAACUCUAUCAUGCUGCAAGCACGUUGUAAUGUCCGGAAGCGGAAAUAAACACGUUCCCGUUCAGCGCGCAUGCUCCGUUGUGGGAGGAGUCACUGCCGGUUACACUGUCAAAAUGAUCAGGUUUAUUUUAAUCCAGAACAGAGCAGGUAAAACUCGCUUGGCAAAGUGGUACAUGCACUUUGAUGAUGAUGAAAAACAGAAGCUCAUAGAAGAAGUCCAUGCUGUUGUUACAGUAAGAGAUGCAAAGCACACAAAUUUUGUAGAGUUUAGGAAUUUCAAGAUCGUGUACCGUCGGUAUGCUGGCCUCUACUUCUGCAUCUGUGUUGAUGUCAGUGACAACAAUCUGGCAUGUUUGGAGGCCAUUCACAACUUUGUAGAAGUUCUCAAUGAGUUCUUCCACAAUGUGUGUGAACUCGAUCUAGUCUUUAACUUUUAUAAGGUGUACAGCGUUGUGGAUGAGAUGUUCUUAGCAGGAGAAAUACGAGAGACGAGCCAGACUAAAGUUUUGAAACAGCUGCUCAUGUUGUCAUCAUUAGAGUGAACCAAUAGACUUGUGUAUGUUAGGUACUCUAGCCUGUCACAACAUAGCCUAUGUUAUCAACUUGACUGCAGAACAGAACACGGUUGAUGUAUCAAGCACUGUAGAAACAUGCAAUCUCAUUGAUAUCAGAUCUUGGUGCUUACUACUUCAACACAAAGAUUUGAGGAUAUCCCAUUACAGGUUGUACCAGGACUACUUUCAUUUGAUCCUACCAUUGCAAGAUUGCAAAAGUGAAAGUAAGAAUGUGUUUUCUUAUCAUAUAAUGUUAAGAAGGUUAUCAACAUUCUGAAUGUUUUCAGUUCAGUUUUCAAAUUUUUAAUUGAGGCAUUUGUCAAGAUAUUUUUCAAAGCAUAGUCUGAGAUAGAAGUUGCCUUUUGAAACUAGUGCCACAAAGCUCGGGAAAGCUGCUUUCUCAUUGGCCGAUGUAGACAUGCUGUUCGUCACUUCAUUGGUCAGGAUAGGCCAUCCAAGAUAUGUGGAAGGUCCUGAGGCCUUUAAUGAGAUGUCCUCAAAUCAUUUGUGUAGUGGUUGUGAACCCUAAGAUCCGAUUUUAAUGAAACUGUAGAAACGUGGCAUUCCCUCUAGGACGUUCCAGUCUUUUCUUUCACAUAACUAUGUUAGUACUGGUGUUAGGAUUUGGUUGAUGUAUCCAUGAAAUGAUAAGUCAGAGGUAUCAACAUCAUGGAAUAUGUAAUUCUUGUUUCCGUUAGUCUACAAUCAUUAUACAGCCUAGGUUGCAAGAGAAGCAUGAAGGCAAUGUGGUAUCAUCCUGUCACCUUGGUCUGCGUGUACAAGAAUAUGUUUUUAUGCUUGUGUAUCUUGAACUGCUGUUGGCAGUGUGGGACUUGCGGAUGCCUUAUUUUCGUGUAAUAUUACACUGUCUUUGGAUUAAGAUUACAAAAACUUGUAUUACCCAACCAAUCUUUGACUUUAAAGUUAAUCAACACCCAUUACUGACUCAGUGACCAGUAACUGUAUUGGGAUAUAUUCUAACGAUGGAAAGUCUUCUAAUUCUCAUCCUAUGAUUCAUUCACAACAGUUAUGCUCCAUGUUCUAGUACGAGUUCCAACAAUGAUAGGUACUUGUUUUUGUAAAGUAUACAAGACUGUAUUUAUCAUUGAAAUGUUAGGCUCUCACUUGAUGCCUAAUGGUUCAUGAUAAAGAUGUCCUUCCUGCAAGUGGAAAUGGUUGUCACUUGUUUAUCAGUAUUUGGGUUGAGAAACUUGAAUGUCAUUGUGGAUAAUUUAUCCUUGUUUCAAAAGCAGCCAUAAAAUCAUUGCUUCAUUCAAAGACAAAUGCAAAAUUGUGGAUCUGUGUUUGUUGAAGUGUGAGGUUUUUGUAAAUCUCUUGAAUAUUUUUGGUUUCAGUGAUACAACUCUACACACUGCUUGUUAUGUUACUGAAUACCGACUUUGUUAUAUUUGUAUAAAUGCUUGACCAAGCAAUCAUGUAUUGGUCAUUACCUGUGAUGUUAAUGUCCACUUGCACUCAUAAUACGACAUAUGUAUUGAUCACAACAGUUAAUUGCGUAAAAGAACAGAGGUUGAGGUAAAAACAAAUUUCAAAUUUUCAUAAAUAAACACCAAAUAUUCAUGUGUA